CUAUCGACUUCUUUCAUUAGCACGGCAGUUGCAGCAGAGAAGCGAGGUCCCAAAAAAUACUAUCAUCCAGGUCUUUAGCUUAAUUAUCAAAAUUUCCUUUAAUUCUAUCAACAUUUCAUUUUGGCACAAAAAUGCUCUUAAGGAGUUCAUCGAUACCGGUAUUCAAUUCAUGGGUCUCACACUCGAAGGAUUUAUCUCCGGAGCCCGAGUUACUGCACAAGAUUUCCAUACCCCGGACCAUAUCGUUUACAGUUUCGUGUUCGAGCUCCAUUUCUGCAGGGCCGAGCGACGGUUCGAGUCGUAGGAUGAUGAGGGCAGUGUCGGAGACUGAUUUGAGGGAUCUAGUAGUCCCCAAGAUAAAAACCGCAAAGACUAAUAACGUGUUCUUGAAUGGAAUAUGCGUCGAGGAAGAAGAGGCGGAGAUAAAGGAAGCUCGAUUUCAACGGUGGAGAACUGAUUCGCAUGGGUUGGAGGAAGAGAUAGGCGGUGGUGGGGGAAAGAUCUGUUGCGGCGGCGGCGGCUUUGGUGGUUCCGACAGUGACAAUAAUGAAUGGGGGUCUUGGGAUUCGAAUAACGUUAAUGAUGGUACCGAUUUGUAUUAUCGGAAAAUGAUCGGAGCUAAUCCUGGAAAUUCACUUCUCCUCGGAAAUUACGCAAGAUUUUUAAAGGAGGUACAGGGGGAUUACGUGGAAGCUGAGAAAUACUGUGCGAGGGCGAUCUUGGGAAAUACAAAUGACGGGAAUGUUCUGUCUAUGUACGCCGAUCUGAUCUGGGAAACCCACAAAGAUAAGCGGAGAGCUGAAACUUACUUUGAACAAGCCGUUAAAGCCGCCCCCGACGACAGUUUUGUGCUAGCAUCAUACGCACGAUUUCUUUGGGAUGCUGAUGAAGAAGAAGAAUUUGGGGAAAAUCCGAGUGAAAGAUUAGAGCAGAGCUUUCGCCAUGGAGCUCCUUCGAUGCCGUCACCAUUGGCUGCUGCUUCUUAAGACUCUAGCUAUGGCAUAGCUUUGUAUUUAGCUUUUUUGAGUUGUGUUAAUAUGCCAUUUGUUUCUUUUUGUUUUGUUUUCCUUUUGAUCCUUUGUAUUUAGCCUUUUAUCUACUUCUCUCAUCGUUGGAGCCCGGGCAUAUAGUGUAAAUGAGAAAAUAAGAUAGGGAAAUGGGUUUUUCAUUGAAAUC